AUGGCAAUUUCUUCUUCUCGUUCUUCUUCUUUCUCUUCAUUAUCUUCAGCUAUUGUUGCAUUAGCUGUGUUCCUGCUUCUUACAGGGACCUCUUCAGCUCAACUCUCUGAGAACUUUUAUUCUAAGAAAUGUCCAAAGGUUUUCGACGCUGUAGAAUCUGUUGUUAAAACUGCUGUGGCUAAAGAACGUCGCAUGGGAGCAUCUCUCCUUCGCCUCUUUUUCCAUGAUUGCUUUGUUGAUGGUUGUGAUGGGUCAUUACUACUUGAUGACACUUCAACUUUCAAAGGAGAGAAAACUGCAGCUCCGAACAACAAUUCUGUGAGAGGUUUUGAAGUAAUUGAUGCUAUCAAAUCUAAGGUGGAACAAGUAUGCCCCGGUGUGGUGUCAUGUGCUGAUAUCUUGGCCAUUACUUCUCGUGACUCUGUUGUCAUCCUUGGAGGACCUUCUUGGAAUGUUAAACUUGGAAGAAGGGAUUCAACGACAGCAAAUUUCACUGCUGCAAACACUGGUGUGAUUCCAGCUCCUACAUCUAAUCUAAGCAUCCUUAUCUCAACCUUCAAAGCUCAAGGGCUCUCUGCCAAGGACAUGGUUGCUUUAUCUGGGUCUCACACAAUUGGGAAAGCAAGGUGUACUAGUUUCAGAAAUCGCAUAUAUAAUGAGACCAACAUUAAUAGUUCAUUUGCUAAGUCAAGGCAGAGGAACUGUCCAAGGACUAGUGGCUCAGGAGACAACAAUCUAGCAAAUCUAGAUUUCAGAACUCCUAAUCAUUUUGAUAACAAGUACUACAAGAACCUCCUCAUCAAUAGGGGUCUCUUACAUUCUGAUCAGGUUCUCUUCAAUGGUGGAUCUACUGAUUCACUUGUUAAAACAUACAGCAAGAAUAAUAAGGCCUUUGAUUGUGACUUUGUUAAUGCAAUGAUUAAGAUGGGAAACAAUAAACCCUUAACUGGGUCACAAGGGGAGAUUAGGAAGAACUGCAGGAGAACUAAUUAGAAGAGACACAAUAAUUUAUUUGUUGUAAACUUUAUACCACUAAAUGUGGGAAUUAAGUU